AUGGGACCGCCUCGCCGAAAGAUGCUGGCCACAGCAGAGGAGACCUUGACCCCACCAGACGAGCUAUCCAACACCCAGCAGAUCGUGCGAGCAAUCAAAGCCACCGGAAACAACAUCUACUUGGUCGAAAAGACGGAUAAGAAGCAAAUGCUGGUCGAAUUGCCCGCACGAUUCCGCUCAACUAUCUGGAUCAAGCGCAGCUCCUACGUCGUGAUUGACACCAAGGGUCAAGAGGAGCGGGACAAUAAAAUUGAAGGGGAGAUUGUCAAUGUUGUCAGAGAUGAGAAGGCUUGGAGGAAGGCUCCUUUCUGGCCUAAGGAGUUCGUGAAACAGCAAGUCGUCUUGGUUGGCUCCGAUGACGAAGAGGAAGAGUCUCGUGUUGGACAGAUGCCUUCAUCGGAUGAAUCUGACUGA